ACACGAUUUUGCAUUCCCCGGCUCCUGCAGAGACAUGCAAAGCAGUGUGUUUACAGUGAAGCACAAGCACAGAACAUCAUGUAAAACAGCACACAGUUAACCCUUUGAUCGCCCCAGAUGUUAACUCCUUCAUGACCAGUGCCAUUAGUACAGUGUCAGUGCUUUUUAUUAGCACUGAUCACUGUAUUGGUGUCACUGGGGAUGUCAGUGACACCAAGUCAGUUCCCCCCCAGUGUCAGAAUGUCCAUCGCAGUCCCGCUAUAAGUUGCUGAUCGCCACCAUUACUAGUAAAAAUUAAAA